AUGGUGUUGUGCGCUUUGUGCUGUGUGUCUGCAGUCAGUGACAGAGGUGCUCUGAGUACCUGCAACUACAGCCACAAUGUCACCUUCUUCUACAACCUGGUGGGGAAGAAGAUCAGUGAGCGGUGGAGCACUCGGGACUCGGUGGUGAUCGGCGUGGGCUUGACGGUGUGCGUCAUCGUGGUCCUGGCCAACCUGAUGGUGAUGCUGGCCAUCCUCAAGAACCGCCGCUUCCACUUCCCCAUCUACUACCUCCUGGCCAACAUGGCUGCCGCCGAUCUGUUUGCCGGCGUCGCCUACGCCAACCUGAUGCUGAACACGGGCCCCUGGACCCGGACGCUCACCAAGGAGCAGUGGUACAUCCGCGGGGCGCUGAUCGACAUCAGCCUGACUGCCUCCAUAGCGAACCUCCUGGCCGUGGCGGUGGAGCGCCACCAGACCAUCAUCAGCAUGCAGCUGCACAGCAACAUGACCAAGCGGCGCGUGGCGCUGCUCAUCGUCUGCAUCUGGGCGGCGGGCAUCUUCAUGGGUCUGGUUCCCUCCACUUUCUGGAACUGCGAGUGCGACCUGGACGACUGCUCCACCGUGGCUCCCCUGUACAGCCGCCGCUUCCUCAUUUUCUGGGCAGUCUUCAACCUCGUCACCUUUUUCAUCAUGGUGGCCAUAUACACGCGCAUCUUCAUCUAUGUGAAGUGCCAGAGCCAGUACACGUCCGCGCACACCACAGAAAACCGGCACAAUCAGAUGAUCAUCAACCUGAUGAAAACCAUCUCCAUGGUUCUGGGUGCUUUUGUAAUCUGCUGGACGCCCGGCCUAAUGGUUCUCCUAAUGGACGGACUGCUGGGGAAGGCCAGCAAAGCCAACAACUACGAGAAGUUCUGUUUGGUGAUCGCAGAGUGCAACUCCCUGGUCAACCCAAUCAUUUACUCUCUGCGGGACGAGGACAUGCGGAGGACAUUCAAGUGGAUCCUGUGCUGUCUGUGUCGGGGGGACGAGGGCCAGCAGAGGCAGCUGUCGCCCGUCAAGGUGGACUCUCCGCAACUGGAGGUAUGCCUGGGUUACAGGGCUGAGACAGAUGGUUAA